CACGAUACCACAGCAAACAAGGUCCAGACAGAUAUACAGUACUGGCAGAGACAAAGAAUCAACACACAGAGAGACACUCAGGGAGAGAGCAACAUUACAAACACAUCCAGUCACAAGGGAUGAUUGGUUGAUCCUAACACUUCAAGACCCAGACUUCGAGGACAGGAGAGGUAGAACACAGAACAUAGAAGAGAGCCAUGAAAAGUCUCAGGUUCCUCGCUGCCGAAGGGUUCGCCCAGAGUGGGCCGAGCGCCAGGGAGAAUCUCAGCUGUGUGUCGUUCAACCUCUACCCACUCCUCUUCAAGGCCUGCUACAUGCACGAGAAGGCCCUCCUCCUCCACGACCUCGUCCAAACCUGGCCCCUGCAUGAGCUUAACCUGCAAAGGCUCCUGGGAAAGACGGUGGACUGCCAGGAGGACCUGACCUCCUGCACCUGCCGGCUGUGCCUGGAAGCUCUGCUGAUGGGCCUGAAGGUAGGCUUAUUGUGUGUUCUGGUGUUAUUUUCUUUAAAGGUGCAAUCUGUAAUUUUCACUGGUCAAAAGUGCUACUUGUGAACUGAUGCACUGAGUUUUGGCCAAUGUGACAAGUUUUUUGUUUUGCUUCAAGUCUGAAUGUGUUUGUAGUUACAUUUACAUUUACAUUUACGUCAUUUAGCAGACGCUCUUAUCCAGAGCGACUUACAAUAGUUACUUGAGUUGCCACUGGGGCAAUAAACGUAAAAAAUGUCAGCUUACGUCAUUUAAGGGCCUUUGAUUUGUAAGACAAAUUCCCAUUUGAUGGCAAUAAACAGCUAGAUUCUAUGUUCCAUCUCCAGUCCUAUGUGCUGCGGCCCCCAGAGACCUAUGCCAAGACCCUCCGUGUGGUGGACCUGACUGGGCUGAAGGACACAGAGCACCAUACCUGUGCCUGUGGAUCCACCCUGGGCCGCUGGGCCCGCACCCAGCUCCUCACCCGCAUAUGCUACGAGGUCAUGGUGGCCAUCCAGGCGGGUGACACUGCACCCUCCGCCCUCGAGACCGAGGUGGAUGUGCGCCUGAACGGCUUCGUCACCGGGCGGAACUACGAGGUGGUGGCCCAGGCCUUCCUGCUCCUGCGUCAAUGCCCCUUGAAGCUGCGCUUCGUCGGGUUCCGAGCCGACUCUCUAGCCCUCAAACAGCUGUUCUACGUGCUGCGUGUGGCCCAACCGGAGGCCAUGAGGAGACUCGAGGUGGUCCAUAACGUUCACCUGGAGGCCCCGCACCUGGAGUUGCUAUUGUCCCGGAUGGAGUUUCCCCAGCUGCAGUCCCUGACGCUGCCUGCGGGGGCGAUGGAUGUGCGAAGGCUGGGCUCGGAUGAGGAUGACCUGCUGGCCACCAUUGGGGAUCUGCUGAGCCGGCUGACUGAACUGACAGAGCUCUACAUGGGCUUCUCCACCCUCACCGGACACCUGCGAAGACUACUAAGGUGCUCACCUCUCUGUGUGUGUGUGUGUAGGUAUUGAUGUCUACUGUAUAUAUAGCUCUGGGGAUGUCUAUUCAAGCUGAUGCAUUCCCACUGUGUAAUAUCAUAGCAUGGGGGCUGCAGUUUGCACUAUUCAGUUUGCACUCAGUGGCAUUUUGUUUUUUUUGCUUGGCUGUGGGGGAGAAUGUAGACAGCUGACUGCUGCUAAAUCUGCAGGUCGGCCAGAAACCAAUGGACACUUAACAGCUGUCUUCUUCCCAAAUGGCAACCUAUUCCCUAUAUAAUAUACUACGUUUGACCAGAGGCCUAUGGGCCCUGGUCCAAAGUAGUGCACUUUAAAGGGAAUAGGGUGUCAAUUACGGCUGACAUUGAAAUAUCACUGAAGCCGUGACCCAAAACAACAAGCAGACACCUGCACUGUCCAUUAAUUAGGCAUGCAUCGUAAAGCUUUCAUAGUGCCUUUGCUUUUUUGUCAAGCAUGCAUGAAAUGAGGAGCACACACACACUUACAAACAAUUGAUAACGUUGCAAAAUAGUUAACAUUUACUGCAAUAUAUUUGUGACCCUCUGGCCUUGUCCACAGCCCCCUGACCACCCCACUGCAAAGCCUAGAGCUGGCCAACUGUAACCUGAACCGAACAGACAUGGCCUACCUGGCCAACAGCCUGCACAGCGAGAACCUGGUCAGUCUGGACAUAAGUGGUCACGACGUGUGCGGCCUCUUCCCCACCACCUUCAUCAAGCUCCUCCAGCGCUGCGCCGCCACCCUCCACAGCCUCACCCUGGAGGACUGUGACCUGGAAGACGAACACAUGGACAUCCUGACCCAGGCCCUGGCUCCCUGUCGCGGCCUGGAGGAGCUGAAGAUACUGGGCAACCCUCUGAGCGCCACGGCCCUGCGCCGCCUCUUCUCCAUGCUGGCCGCCGGGUUCUCAGCCCUGAGGUACGUGGAGCUGCCAGUGCCCCGGGACUGCUACCCCGAGGACGUCACCUACCCCCUGGAUGAGACGGUGCUGCUGCAGUACGACAGGGAGAUGUUCCAGGACGUCAGGGGUCAACUGAUGGGGAUCCUUCAGGGGGCAGGGAGGGGGAACGUGGAGGUGGUUACCCCCCUGUUGGGCGCUUAUGACGCGGAUAUCAACGAGACCAGUAACGAGCUGGGGGUGUCCAUGGUGAAAUCCUUCAAUAGCGUCAUUGGAAACUUUAUUGAUACAAUUACGGCCCUGGACAACAGGAGAUCCAACAAAGAGGUUGAUUAAAGUGCAGGUAGAAUAUCAGAGGGAGGGUAAUAGAGGGUUGAUAGAGCAAGGGUUUGUGCAAUACAAGGGGUUCAUCUCAAUCGUCUAUAGUGGCUUCCCACACUUCAUUUCCACUGAGCCAAAGAAGUCUAAGAAACCAGUGCAAAUAAAGGGAAGGAGACGAAGAGAGACAACUUUAGACAAUUGGGAUGACUGAAGACCUUGAGCAACGUUGUUUUAUAUCCAUAUGUACCAAUUAAUCUGUACUUGUAACAGAUAUUUUGACAAAUGUAUUGCCCCAUUAUCAGAGGAUUUGUUGACAUGCAAUUGGCGCUAGAUUAUAGUAUAGAUUGAAUUGUCCUUUUGGUCUUCCAAUCAUAUGAGUGGCAAUCAUAGUAAAGCAUUAUUUGAGUGCUUAGUUUUGAGAAUAGUACUACUUGUAUACUGAACGUGUAUUUACAUGUACUGUAUAUAUUUCGAUUUAGAUGUUUCUUGUAUCUUCAUGUAUAUUAUGACAUUUGUAUGUGACCAGAAUGGAGUGAAAGUUUGUUUUUACAAAAGUGCUAUAAAAUGUGGGAUUAAACUGACUUUACCGUAAAUAAAACUAUUUCUGUGGGAUCAAAUCCUGGUUAGCUUUAAAAAAGAAAAAGACUCCAC